AUGUCUGCUAGCGUACAAUCCCAUGGAUACGUGAAUGAUGAGAAAUUGACAAAAGAUAUGAAUUCGACCCUCAUUAUCGGAACAGAUCUCAAUUACAAACAUGAAGUGGUGUGGAAAAAUGCCAUCGGUUUCUUAUUUUUGCACUUGUUGGGUCUGUGGGGAAUAUUUCUAAUGCUUACUGGAGCUGUUCAACUUAAAACUAUAUUAUAUGGUUUCAUCGUACUAUAUACGUAUUCCGAAGGAAUCACAAUAGGAGCACAUAGAUUGUAUACACAUAGAUGUUUUAAGGCCACGCCACUACUCAGGGCAAUUUUAAUAUUACUACAAACCGGUGCCGGGCAGAACUCCAUGUUUAUUUGGUGCCGUGAUCAUAGACUCCAUCAUCGUUAUUCUGACACUGAUGCUGACCCGCACAACGCGAAAAGAGGUUUCUUCUUCUCCCAUAUUGGUUGGCUGAUGACCAAAAAGCAUCCUUACGUCAUUGAAUUAGGAAAGAAAAUAGAUAUGUCUGAUCUUAAAGCUGAUUGGAUGGUAAUGUUACAAAAAAAAUACUACUAUUACUUAUACUUUUUCAUUGCGGUACUGCUCCCUGUUUGGGCGGCGGUCCAUUUCUUGGGAGAACCCUGGCUGGAGGCAUUCCUUGUGGUCUACUGCGCUCGUUACAUACUUCAACUUAAUGGUACCUGGCUUGUGAAUAGCGCCGCUCAUAUUUACGGGACAAGACCUUAUGACAAAAACCUUCAGCCGGUGGAAUCCUGGUUCGUCUCAUUCAUAAGUCUAGGAGAAGGCUGGCAUAAUUAUCAUCAUACAUUUCCUUGGGAUUAUAAAGCUGCAGAACUCUCUACCCACUUCAACGCCUCCGCUCAAAUCAUUGAGUUCCUUGCAAGCAUUGGAAUGGCUUAUGACUUGAAAACGGCAACUCCAGACAUGGUGAAGAGCAGAAUCAAAAGAACCGGUGAUGGUACUCACAACGAGCUUGGUAAUGAAGAAAGUAGAAACGCUGUCAAGGUUUCAUACGUUCCUUUCCAUCCUCUAAAUCCGAGCUACACAGUAACAUAUGAAGACCCUCCAGCAUCCCUCAAGGUGGAAGGUUUACCGCUCUAUCAUGAAAAUGAUAUAUUCGACUGCGGUAAUGUUACAAUUACAAAAAAUAUAGGCAGCAAUUAAAGUUAUUUAGAAUAAUGAAGAACGUAAC